AUGGAUGUCUUUAGCAGCACUUCUUUGGAGCACAACAACCCUGGCUAUAUUGGGCUGGUGCACAGCAUGCCAUCAUGGGAGCGCAACAGUAUCGCAUGGGGCGGACAUACACAAUCUUGCAGGAUUGUCCAGAUGACCCGCAGCACGAUCUGCAGCAAGAUCCACAGGAAGAUCCACAGCAAGAUCCACAGCAAGACCCAGAGGAUUGAGAG